UGCCACUGACGCACAGGGUUUAUAUGUUAUGCUUCCUAAAUGAUUGCAUGGAGGAUUUAAUCAUGAGCUGACAUCAGUUAGAGAACCACUGGAAAACCUGGGAGUACUGGGCAGCUGUUUCGUCCUAGUUUGGGACUCUUCAGCAGUACGCACCCACCGGGAUUGUAGAAUACCACUUGAUUUUUGUUACGUCAUUUAAUUUCAAAAACUGACGAAUUAGUAAAGCACAGCGUCAAGGAUACCUUUCAAUUUGUUGAUAAGAUAAAAAACCUGAAUACAACGACUCUUUACACUUCCUCAACGUCCUACUAACGAGGAGAGAGGAUGGUUCCAUCAAAAGAACCAUAUUUAGAAAGCUAGAGACCAAAGCCCAGUAUACAGAUUUCCUUAGCUUCGUACCGAUGAAAUACAAACGUAAUCUAAUCAGGUGCUUAGCAUUUAGAGCGAGGUCUAUUUGUUCUGAAGAGUGCGUAGAGAAAGAACUCCAGAUCAUCCGAGACAUUCUAAGCGAGAACGGAUAUCCAGAGAAGUUCAUUAAAGCCAACAUAGGUUAUAAUAGCCGUAAACAUGAACUGACAACUGUGGAGAAAAAGCCUCUGUUUUUACGUCUCCAAUUCAAGGGAGAUACUCCGGCGGAGAUUCUAUCCCAACGUUUAACCAGGGCGAUCAAGAAAACUUUCUAUUCUGCACGUCUGUGUCUAUCCUUCACUAGCCCUCCAAUGUUCACCCAGCAACUCAAAGAUGCCUUACCUAACCUUAGCUCUUCUUCAUGCAUAUACCAUUUCAACUGUUCCUGUGGUUCAAGUUAUAUAGGGCGCACGAUUAGGCAGGUUCGUCUACGGGUUCGAGAACACUUACCAGCUUGGUUCAGCGGGGGGGAAAUUAAGUGCAUAAAAAGCUCGAUCCUGUCACACCUGGUCGAUACUGGACAUCGCAUCGAUGUCAACACAGCUUUCAGAGUUAUAUACCGAAUUCCGAAGUCGUUAUCACGUACAGUUCGCUUACGUCUCCUACACAUAGCUGAAGCUGUUGCAAUAAGAUCGACUAAACCGGAACUGUGUAUCCAAAAGGAACACGUCCAGACGCUGUUCCUACCGUGGCCAACCUUGGAUUGAAGAUUUUUCUUCUCACCAAGAGUACUCCUUCCUCUUAAGCCUCUUGGUUUUUUUUUAAUUUGCUUAUUAUUAUAAAUAUUAUUAUUACAGUUAUUAUUAUUCGUCAUAAUUUAUGCCCUUUAUGCAAACAUUCCCUCAAUACUAUCGAAUUUUCAUUUGUACGGACUUAUUAGUGAAACUAUUAUCUGUUUUCUCAAUAUAUGCAUCCACCUGUUUCAUUUAAUAUAUUCGUUAUCUCACUAUGAUCCUCUCAUUCCAGUCUUACUAUAUCAACUGCUUAACUCAGACCACUUUGUACUAGCCACUCACCUGACACCUUUUAUAACCUUGAUCUGAUUUGU